AUUCGCUCCAGUUGAUCAAUGAACUGUGAAUCGCAAAGUAAAGACAUAUACAUGUUUCGAGAAUGAUGUUCUGAUGAUUUCAUUAUAUUAUUUUCAUCAGCAAUGGAAUCUCUCGUAGGAUUUCAAACUUAAAUAAUUGAUAAUGUUAUAUCUGUAUGAUAUUUAGAUAGAUAUAUGUAAGGCGCCAACGUCCAGAUUACCUUACCUGAGUCGGGAAAUUAACAGAAAACACAAUAUAAUAAACAAUACUUCACAAGUUGGUGAUGUUAUAGAAAAAUAACGAUAAUUGUGUUUCCUGUGACUGUGAUAUUGUUUUCAUUCCCAAUAGAUAAAUACGAAUGUCCAAAUGAUAUCGACAAUUGUUGCAGUCUCUACGUUGCUCAUACAAGGCAUUGUGCCUUUGCAUGCAGAUACUAUUGUAAACCUUAGUGCUACAUCUAAUGACAAUAGAUGUGGAGAAACAAUUGAUAUUAGCCCUGGAAAUGGGUCAUCUGUAUUUGCUGCCGGAAAAGUCCCCAAUGGUCACUGUACCCUAUAUUUUAGGGCUACAGAAAAUAAGGAUUAUGUGUGUAAAAAAUUCUGUGUAACAUUUAGGAAAAAAUCAUUCAAUGUUUGCGAUGUAAAAGUAAAAAUAGCAGCUGUUGAUUUUGACAACACUGGAGACUUGACCAAGACCUAUGAUUGUUGGCAUUGGAACGCUUUCGACAAUGCCUGGUGUCCAGUCGCGAAUAAGUUACAGAUGGACGUACUUGAAAGUGAUCCGUUUCAUUCCGACAUCAAGUUGAAUAACUCCUACGAGUUUUCUGUAGAUAUCACGCCAGUUUGUGCAAAAGUCAAACAUCUAGCUAAAAAAACGGUUACAAAUUUCAAUUCAAAAAGAGAUGAGAGAAUGAAACAGAUUAAAAUUGAAGGGAUUAUUGUUGGUGUUUGUCUGGCCUGUAUCUUCUUGGUUUUGUUAGUAGUAAUGUACAUGUAUUACAAAUCUAAACCUACAAACAAUACACCAGAAGAAACCGAAGGAAAGCAAAGGCAGGGUCACAUAUUAUCCAAUAUAAGACACAAACUCAUGAAUAGACGAAAAUCUAACGUUGUCUGCAUCGAAAACGAAACGUUCGAUAAGUACGUAGAGGUCAAACAGACUGAUGAUGAUGAUGAUGAUGAAAUAGACGGAGACAGCCAAUCAACACUACAACUAAAAAACGUACCAGGACCAAGUGACAAAGACAGCUCUGUUUAGAAAACAACAAACAUGUUCAAAAUCACAUGGUGAUAUCAUAUUAUAAGUGCAUGUCCUUAAUUCGUAUUUAUCAUACACUGUUUCAAGUUGUUUGUACAUUUUUUUUAAAAUCCAUAUGAGUUGUAAAUACUUAUUCCCAACAUUUUGUCUUUCAUACAACUACUUUACAUUUAAUUUAUGUAAUAUCUUAAGAAAGGAUUAAGUGUGUUUUAAAGGUGCCAAGAACAAGAUAGGGCUAUGGUUUGCAUUGUAAAAGGGUGUGUGUCUUGUAUGUUCAAUUGGUCAAAGUUCCGAAAUCACGGGUACCAUACAUUCAUCACUAAAUUAGAACGAUGAUAUUUACUGUAAAUUAAUGAUUUCAAGCCGUUGAAGGUCAUAUAUCGUCAAGUUUAAGGCUGAGUGCAAUUUGUUUAAGAUAUAGGCGCAAAUCAGAUUUUAUUUUCGUAUUUUUCAUUUGGUACCUUUUAACAUGUUGAAAACUGGAUCUGAUAACACGCGCAGGACAGGUAUGCAAAAUUAGAAUCUAUAUAUACAUAAAAUCUUCAUCGUACAUUUCCUAUGCAAAAUUUAAGUCUCUCUGACACAUUCCCCCGUUUUUUAUUAAUUGAUGUUGCAUUUCAAAAGUAUAGAACAUUUUCUUUGCUCUUUCAUUCAUAUGAAAUUACUAAUAUGAUAAGUAGUUGAUGCAACUCAAUACUUUUUUUCUCAUAAUAUUUGUUUGCAAAAUACAUUUUUGUUCUCUCAUUGACUUUUGCUAAUGCACCCUACAUGUACUGUCAUAUAAUUGUUGUAUCUAUGACUAUAUCGAUUAUCUUAUACAUUAUAUAUGUUUACGUAAGAAAUGAAUUCCAAUACAAAGGAUAAUUUUUGAUGAUCGUUAACUCUGAUAAACAAAGCAUAUGAUAUUACUAGGUUCGUGGUUAUAUAAGAUCAUAUAAGGAUGAAAAAAAAAGAAAUAUCGUAUAUAGAAACUGCACCGUUUAUUAAAUAUUUUGAAAUAUGAUGCACAUGUUGAAUAGUUUAUAGCUACUCUCAUUUGAACAAUUGUCAUUUUCUUAUUUUUAUCAAUAAAACAGAAAACUUUG